AUAAUUACAAGAUAACUAGGUGUCGUUAGAUGUUCACACACAAACCUAUGAUCAUUAAUUCAUUCAUUCGAGGUGACGAGUAAACCACACAAAAAUCAACUGCAAUUUUUUACUUAAUUCGCGAAAAAACGUCUGUAAAAAUGAACAACCAAGAAGAAGAUCCAAACGGAGUCGUAAUUUCUGGAAUAUCCGGCGCGUUUCCAAAUAGUGAAAAUGUAGAGGAAUUCAAAGAAAAUUUAUUAGCUGGAAAUGACAUGAUUUCUUCGUUGACGAGAAGCAAAGCAGAAGGUAUAAAAGUUGGCUUGGUGAAAACCAUCGAUCGUUUUGAUUACUCUUUUUUUCGGAUCACUCACAAUCAAGCUAAAUGUAUGACCAUUGGUGCGAGGAUGUUAUUGGAGAAAACCUUCGAAGCCAUUCUGGAUGCAGGUUAUAAUCCUGAAGAAAUAAAAGGGAAAAAUAUCGCGGUCAUCUGCGGAGUAUGGGAUACCAACGAUGAAGGAGACCCAGCAUGGGACCAGAAGCCGGAUAAUUAUAUCGACAUCUUUGGCAGGAUGAGGUUCAUGCUAUCCAAUAGGAUUUCCAAUUGGUUGGAUGUGCAUGGCCCCAGUUAUCCUGUGAACACAGCUUGUUCAUCGUCUCUGUAUGCCAUUGACCAUGCCAUUAAAGCCAUUCAAAGAGGACAAUGCGAAGGAGCAAUUGUGUGUUCAACUAAUUUAUGUUUAUCAAUGGUCGAGCUUUUUAAACAUAAUCCCCUUCUUACCAGUAAAGGAAACAGUGCGCCGUUCGAUGCUGAUGCUGGCGGUUACGUGAGAGCCGAAGCAGUGGUUGCAUUUUUUCUCCAAAGAAGAAAAGAUGCACGAAGAAUUUAUGCUAAUGUGAUUCACUCGACAACAAAUAGCGAUGGUUUCAAAGAAGAAGGAUUCGCAUUUCCUUCAGUUGAGUCGCAAGUGAAAUUAUACAAACAAUUUUACGAAGAAAUAAACAUGGAUCCGCGAAAAAUCGCGUACAUCGAAGCUCAUGGGACAGGAACAAAGGUAGGAGAUGUUGUAGAAGGAACAUCAAUAGAACAAUUUUUCUGCGCUGAUCGCAAUACACCCUUGAAAGUGGGAGCAAUCAAGUCCAAUAUGGGUCAUGGUGAAGCAUCUGCAGCACUGUGUGGUAUAACUAAAAUGAUCGUAGCUUUUGAAUCGGGAAUUAUUCCUCCAAAUCUCAGAUUUAAUACACCGAAUCCGAACAUUAAGGGAUUAUUAAAUGGAAAUCUCCAGAUUGUAUCAAAACCAACGCCAUUAGAAGGAGAGUAUUUUGCGUUGAACUCUUUUGGAAUUGGAGGAUCGAAUGGUCACAUUGUGUUGUCACCGCACACUAAGGUGAAAAAAGAAGGUGAUUUGCCGAGUAAAACAAUACCGCUGUUAAUUACAGCAUCUGGAAGAACUGAGGAAGCUGUUGAUUGCAUCUUGGAUAAUGUGGAUAAGAAUCAUGAUAAUGCAGAAUACAUGGCACUGUUCCACGAAAUUUUUAAAAAUGAUAUAAAUGGUCACCUUUAUCGAGGAUACGUACUUUUACAAAAGAAUAAAGAAAAUAAUAUAUCUUCUAAAAAAUUCUUCAGCGGCGAAAAACGACCAAUUUGGUUUGUUUUCAGCGGAAUGGGAUCACAAUGGCCUACUAUGGGAAAAUCCUUGAUGGAAAUACCCAUCUUCGCUGAAUCUAUUCAAAGAAGUCACGAUGUUCUGCUAUCUAAAAAGAUCGAUUUGAUAAAAAUUAUUACAGAUGAUGACCCAAAAAUGUUUGAUAAUAUUUUAAACUCGUUCGUAGGAAUAGCAGCCAUUCAAAUAGCUUUGGUAGAUGUAUUAAGAAAAUUGAACGUACAACCAGAUGGAAUUGUAGGUCAUUCUGUUGGGGAACUGGGAUGUGCAUACGCGGAUGGAUGCUUAACUGCCGAACAAAUGCUUUUGGCAGCCUAUUAUCGUGGUCUGGUUUCAUUAGAAACUGUAUUCAUUCAUGGUACUAUGGCAGCCGUUGGUGAAAGUUACAAUCACGUGAAAGAUAUUUUACCUCCUGAGAUUGACAUUGCAUGCCACAAUGGCCCCACCAGCUGCACUAUAUCCGGGCCUACAGAAAUUAUGCAGGAUUUCAUAAAGACUCUACAAGAAAAGAAAAUAUUCGUUCAGGCAGUCAACACUUCAAAUAUUGCAUAUCAUAGUCGUUAUAUUGCUCCAGCAGAACAUAAGCUUAUGUCCUACUUGAAAACGAUUAUUCCAGAUAAAAAAAUUCGUUCAAAAAAGUGGAUAUGCACAUCUGCCCCCGAACAUGAAUGGGAUAGCGAUAAAGUGAAAUACGCUUCCGCUGUGUAUUACACGAAUAAUCUGCUCAAUACUGUAUAUUUCGAAGAAAGUUACCAUCAUGUUCCCAACAAUGCUGUAACCAUUGAAAUAGCACCUCACAGCCUACUAAACGCGAUAUUGAAACGCUCAUUACCAGCAACCGUCGAUAAUAUUCCAUUAACGAUGAGAAAUCAUGAAAAUAGCGUCCUGUGUUUAUUGAACGCUCUCGGAAGGUUGUACGAAAGUGGAUGCGCAAUGAAACUUAGCACACUAUAUCCUCGAGUUGAGUUCCCAGUCAGAAGAUCUACUCCAAUGAUUUCUCCUUUAAUUAAAUGGCAACAUACAGAGCAAUGGACCAGAGGUGAAAUGCAUACAGACACUUCGCAAUCUACAGAAAGGAAAUUUGUGUACGCGCCAAAAAAUGAAGAUACCGCAUACAUACAGGGUCACAUAGUCGAUGGUCGGAAUUUAUACCCAGCUUUUGGAUACUUGUGGUUAGUUGUGGAAACUCUUUCCAUGAUGAAAAACAAGAGCAUAUCGGAACUUUCUGUUGUUUUUGAAAAUGUGUAUUUUGAACAUGCAUUGACUGUUCCCACCAAAAGUGCCAUCCGCUUCCUCAUUUCUAUUCAUGAACGCACCCAAUAUUUUGAAGUGAGAGGCAAUAGCGCCAUUGUAGCAACAGGAAAAGUGCGUACGUACGAAAACGCUAACAAGGAAAUGAUUGAUGUAACACCAUGCAAAACAUGCACCUCAGAUUCUAAUUCCUUACCAAUGAAUAAAGAUGAUUUCUAUAAAGAACUUCGAUUAAGAGGAUAUAAUUAUAAAGGAUUAUUCAAGAACGUCGAAUACGUGGAUUAUGAUGGAAAGUAUGGAGAAGUUUCCUGGAACAAUAAUUUUGUUUGUUUUAUGGACGGAAUGGCACAGAUUACUCUUUUACAAGUAGACACACGAGAUCUCCUGAUUCCUACAUUCAUAAGCAAAGUAGUUAUUGAUUUUGCAAAACAUUACAAUGCACUGGAGUCAUUAGAUAAAGAAAAUCAAAAAUUUCCUGUUCAUUUUCAUCCUUAUCACAACUUGCUAUCUUCUGGAGGCAUUCAAAUGAGUGGCUGGAAAGGCAGUGAAAUUGCUCGUCAAAAAAAUCGAGCUAGUCCUGUUCUAGAAAAAAAUCAGUUUGUACCUUACAUAACCGAAGAACAAAUGAAUUUACGUGAAACGAUCAGAAUUUGCGUUCAAAUAGCAUUGAAAAAUGCAAACGUAAUGAAAGCAAUUACCUACGAAUUACUACAUCAAGACUACGAUCCAGAGGUGAAGUAUAUCUCUGCAGAAAUUGCAGAUGCCCUGAGUGAUUCGCCAUUAAUCGAGCCAAAUGUCAACUUGAUAAUCAAUUCAGAAACAGUAGAAGAAAGCAAUGCACAGGAUGGAAUUACGGUAUCAAAUGAAAAAUUACCACAAGAUAAAAGUGCAAUAUUGAUCACGUUAUCGAACAUCCGUAAUCAAACUAAUAUCAUGAAAUCAAUUUUAGAUACACUCAGAGAUGACGGUUUCAUUAUCACAAGAGAAUCGACAACUGAAAAUGUAUCAUUUGAACAUUUGGGAUUCAAUGUUUGUUUCAGCCGAAAAAUAAACGACUUGGAAAAAAUCAUCCUUCUUAACAAAAAAACAAAAUCUGGACCAAUCAAACAAGCCAUUCGAGUAAAAAAUUCGUCAUAUUCCUGGAUAUCCGAAAUCCAAAAUGUGUUACGCAAUCUUGACCCUGAGAAACAAGAAAAACUAAUUGUGUAUGCUGAAAAAGAACCAACCAGUGGAAUAUUAGGAUUUUUCAAUUGCUUAAAGAAAGAAGAAAAUGGGACAAAUGUGAGGUGUUUCUUCAUUCUGGAUCCAGAUGCUCCUACUUUUUCAUUCGAUGAUGAAUUCUACAAAUCUCAGUUCGAUAAGAAUCUCAACUAUAAUAUUUAUAAAGAGGGAAAAUGGGGUGGUUAUUGGAAUUUGGAAAUGGACCCAAUAAGUGAUGUGAAAUGUGCUCAUGCAUUUUGCACAUUGGAAGAACGUGGAAAUCUUUCAUCCUUUAAAUGGGUUCAAGACUCAUUGGAUCCUUCAAUGAAUACCAACACACACACAGAAUCGAUGGUCAACGUGUAUUAUAGCAGUCUAAAUUUCAAAGAUGUAAUGUUGUCAGUUGCUCGAAUUUCUUUAAAUGAUUCAUUUUCAUUCAGUCGCUUAGUAGAGAGUUACUUAGGAUGUGAAUUUUCUGGUAAAAAUGAAAACGGAGAUCGUUUAAUGGGGAUAGUGCGUGGUAAAGGAAUUACAACAGUGGUCGAAUCAUUACCAUAUUUGACUUGGCCAGUACCAGAUAGUAUAACCUUAGAAGAAGCAGCCAGUAUUCCAGUUGUAUACGCCACAGUCAUUUAUGCCUUCUUCUUCAAAAUGAACUUGAAAGAAGGAUCUUCAAUUCUUAUACACGCUGGUAGUGGAGGAAUAGGGCAAGCGGCCAUUAACAUUUGCCUUCAUUACAAAUGCAAUAUAUUUACAACUGUUGGUACUCGAGAAAAAGUGGAAUUCAUUAGAAAAACAUUUCCUCAAAUUCCAGAAAGUCAUAUCGGCAAUUCUAGAGAUACUUCAUUCAGAACCAUGAUAAUGGAGGAAACACAAGGUAGAGGAGUCGACGUCGUAUUAAACAGUUUAGCAGAAGAUAAACUCCGAGCAUCAGUGCGAUGUGUGGCAAAAGGUGGACAUUUCCUGGAAAUAGGAAAAUUUGACAUGGUCAAGAAUAAUUUAUUAGAACUAGGGCAUUUCUUAAACGACAUCGUAUUCUAUAGUGUACAAUUGGAUGUUGCGGCACUGAAUAGCCAAUCUGAGAUCACUGUUGGGAUUUUCAACAAACUAAAAGAAAUGCUUGAUCAAGGAAUCAUAAAACCAAUUCAAAGAACAGUGUUUCAAACCAAUGAAGUAGAAUCUGCUUUCAGAUUCAUGGCAUCUGGAAAACAUGUAGGGAAGAUAGUGAUCAAAAUUCGAGACGAGGAGAGCAAUUCGAAAGCCAAACCAACAUUAAUUCGUCUGAAAGCAAAACCCCGAGUACUUUGCCAAGAAAAUAAAUCAUACGUAGUUGUAGGAGGAUUGGGCGGAUUUGGACUAGAGUUGAUUGACUGGCUGAUUACCCGUGGAGCGAGAAAUGUUGUAAUAACUUCUCGAACUGGUAUACAAAAUGGUUACCAAUCAUACAGAAUAAAAAUUUGGCGAUCAUACGGAGCCAAAAUAGUUAUUUCAACAGCAGAUAUUACUAAAAAAUCAGAAGUAAAGAAUUUACUAGAGAUGGGCAACGCCUUAGGUUCUGUAGCUGGAAUAUUCAACCUUGCAGUGGUUCUCGAAGAUCACAUAUUUUACAAGCAAACUGUCGAGACAUUUAGUACUGUGCUGGAUCCAAAAGCAAUUGCGACUGAUCAUCUUGAUCAGUUGAGCAGAAAAAUGUGCCCACAUUUAGAAUACUUUGUGGUAUUUUCUAGUGUAAUAGCCAAUUAUGGAAAUGUAGAGCAAACAAACUAUGGUUUUGCAAACUCUAUUACUGAAAGAAUAUGUGAAGCUAGACAAGCUGAUAAUUUACCAGCUUUAGCUAUUCAAUGGGGAGCAAUAGGAGAAGUUGGAAUAGUUUCUGAAUUCCUUAAGCAUAAUACAUCUGUCACUAUAGGAGGAUAUGCUCAACAAAAAGUGAAAUCUUGCUUGGAAACCAUUAAUUAUUUCAUGAAACAAAAAAAUCCUGUCGUUUGUAGUAGGAUUAUAGCUGAAAAACGUAAAACUGAUUCUGAUAUUAUAACCACAGUAGCAAACGCACUAGGAAUUAAAGAUUUAAAAACUAUAAGCCUAUCGUGGACUUUGCCCGAACUUGGAAUGGAUUCGAUUCUGGGAAUGGAAUUGAAACAGAUACUAGAAGCAGAAUUCAACAUUUUUCUCACACCUGAAGACUUGAGAACCAUGACCUUUGCAAAAUUAUACAAGUUAAAAGAGGGAGAUAAAAACGUAUUGGACUCUGGUACAGCAAAUAGGACUUCUACACAACUACAAUUCUUCCUCAAUAAAGAAAUCAGUGAUCAACUUGUUCUUAGAAUACCAUUCCUUGAUGGAAAAAUGCAACAGCCCAUUUCCAUAGAUGAAAAUCCAACUGUUUUUGUAUUCCCAGGAAUCGAGGGUUUAGCAUUGACAAUGGAACCAUUGGCUAAAAAUUUACCUGUGCAGGUGUUAUGCUUUCAGUACCACUUCGUUGAAGCGAAAGAUUUUAUUCGCGAAUUAAGCAAUCAUUUUUCAUCUUACAUUUUGGAGAAACUUCCCUCCGAACAGAAAUUCAACAUUAUUGGGCAUAGUUUUGGAACAGCAAUUGCCAUGGAGGUAGCCGAAAUAUUGGAAAAAAACGGAAGAACAGGUCACAUCUGGCUACUGGAUAGUUCACCUACAGUAGUGAAAAUGGGUAUCACGCAAAAAAUCGAAGAACAUGCUCUUUUAAACGAUGAAAUGAUACAAAAUCAAGUUUGCAUAAGAGUUAUACAGACAUUUAUGCCGGGAUUGCCAAAAGAAAAGUACCUGAAGUAUUUAGAAGCUUCGCCCAACUGGGAAUCCAAGAAAAAAACAUGUUUUUCAAUGUUGCCUGGUGGAGAGAAAAACGAAAAAUCCAUGCAUUACUUAUUAGAUAAAUCGUACAGCAUUCUUAAAUCAAUACCCGGCUAUGAAAAAUCUCAUUAUCGGUUGCAAUCACCAGGCGUUUUGAUAAGAUGUGUCAAAAAUGAAUUAGAUUUGCCUUUAGAUGAUGCAUAUGGUUUAACGCAGAACUUUGAAAACCCAAUAGAAGUUCAUAAAAUCGACGAGGUGGAUCAUUUUUCGAUUCUGCUGCAUCCGAAGACAACUGAAAUUAUAAUGAAAUCUUCUGCAUGGAAAAAGGACUGAACCAUUACAUUACUAUACCUACACAUUACACAUGAUUUUUACUUCAA